AUGUCGGGUGGUGAAACUCACUACGCAGGUGUGGGAAUACUGAUGUCAAAACGGGCAAAAAACAGCUGCCUUGCCGUCUACUACAUCUCUGAUCGGAUCAUGGCUGCCCGCUUUCGUCUGAGGAAAGGCUCCCUGCUGUUUGUCUCCGUCUAUGCACCUACAUCCACUGCAACGGAUGACAUUAUCAACAACUUCUACUCACAACCACAAGAUGUGAUCAAUUCAAACAAAAAGAACUGUGACACACUUGUUGUGGCUGGUGACUUCAAUGCCAAACUUGGAAACCAGCGCAUCCCUCUUGUCAUGGGACCCCAUGGCUAUGGUGACAGAAAUUCAAGAGGGGACAGACUUGUUGAUUUCUGCAUGGUUAACAACCUCACUGCCGCACACUCCUGGUUCCCCAACCGAUCUUCUCACAAGGUUACUUGGAUCAGCAGGGCAAGAAACGCAAGAAACGCCAUUGAUCACAUCUUAAAUAGCACAGAAGCAAGGAAGCACUUUACUGACUGCCGUUCCUACAGUGCUUGCUUUGAUACUGACCAUCGGUUAGUAAUCUGCAACCUGAAGUGGAAAUUCCGUCGCCAUGCUACUGCACGUGGACAACGACCUCAACAUCCAAACGUUGAAGCCCUGAAAUCGGAACAAUCGUCUGAAGUCUUUUGGCAGCUGGUUCGAUCCCGUGUUACUCAAGGUGACUCUCUUGAAGCUGUUGCAUGUGUCAUACACGAAGUAUCUCUCGAGACCUGUGGUACACAAAACAUCCCAGAAGAAACAGCCGUACCUGUCUGA